UCAUUGGUUAGAAGAAGAAAUAAGUCAAUGUUUCCUGCGAGAAUGGUUCAUUUUGUCAAUUUGUAGAUAUUAUAGAAAUAAAUGUGCAACCAAUUUUGUCUAAAUCUCACAAUAAAUGAUAGUUCUUAUUCUUUUCAUGAGCCCUUUUGAUCCAUUUGUGUAAACUUCGUAGUUCUAUUGCUAAAGAAAAAUAUGUUGGAUCUUAUUCUGUCCCCAGUUUUAGAGAUGAUAAUCGAUAAGUUAACUGCUCCUAUGGUUGAUAAGUUUGGGAGUCAUUUGAAUCUUAAUGACAACAUCCAAAAGUUGCAGACCACUUUACCAAUGGUUCAAGCUCUUCUUGAAGAUGCAGAGGAGAAACAAGCCACCAACACAAGUGUCAGAGUUUGGCUGUCAAAGCUUAAAGAUACUGCCUAUGAUGCUGAAGCUCUUCUUCUUCAACUCUCUGCUGCUCAAUCCCUUGUAAACCAAAAAUAUGCCGACGAGGUUAACAACAUGCUUGUCGCGUUGGAGAAGGCUGCGGGUGAGGGGUUUUGCUUGAAUUUGAGGGAGAAUAUUACAGUCAACAGAGAAUGGGAUAGAAGGGAAACAAGCUCUUUCGUUAUUGAAUCUGAAGUUUAUGGACGAUAUGAAGAUCAAGAGAAAAUUGUCCAUCUUUUACUCUCUUCUGGUGCAUUACAAGGAGGAGGAACAGUGUCCUGCAUUCCAAUAAUAGGCAUGGGAGGAUUAGGAAAGACGACCCUUGCUCAGUUAGCUUAUAAUGAUCAAAGGAUACAACAAUAUUUCCAUGAAAAGGUAUGGAUUUUUGUUUCUCAUAACUUUGAUGUCAAGCAUAUAUUGAUCACUAUCAUUGAGUCUAUUUCUGAGGCUAAGUGGGAGCUCAACUCUAUGGAUGAAGCACACAAGAAAGUAAAGAAACUGUUAUACAAGAAAAGAUUUUUGAUUGUGUUAGAUAGUGUUUGGACAGAAAAUCAAGAAGAUUGGGAUAUGCUAAGACAAUUGUUGUUUGGGAUUGGUAUUGAUGGAAGCAUGAUUUUAGUUACAACGCGAAGCAGAAAAGUUGUUGAGGCACUUGUUGUGGCACACUUUUUGAAAAGGCCAUAUUAUUUGGGAGAAUUAGCUGAGGAUGCUUGUUGGUCAUUGUUUAAGCACCACGCUUUUGAAGUAGGUAGAGAUUUGGAAAACCAAGAUCUAUUUGCUGUUGGACAAGAAAUUGUGAGAAAGUGUAGUGGAGUGGCCUUAGCAGUGAAAACUUUGGGAAGUGUUAUGCGGUUCAAAAGAAACAUGAGAGAUUGGGAGUUUGUACGAGAUAGUGAACUUUGGAACUUGGAUGAAUGCAAACUUGGGAUUCUUCCGGCUUUAAAGUUAAGUUACUAUCACUUGCCUUUGCACCUAAAACGAUGUUUUGCUCUUUGCUCAAUCUUUCCUAGAAAUUAUGAGUUUGAGAAAGAGAGGUUGAUCCUUUUAUGGAUGGCAGAAGGCUUAAUUCAGUCCAAGUUAAAAGUCCCAGAGGAUGUUGGAAAUAACUACUUCACUGAUCUGGAGUGGAUGUCUUUUUUCCAGAAGACAAGUUUUGAUGAAGAUAACAGAUACAAGAUACAUGAUAUCAUUUAUGAUCUGUUGCAAUCUGUUAUUGGUUCUGAAUACGCUAUCAUAGGCAACGGUUUUGAGACUCCAACUACUUUUAAACGAAUUCGUCAUUCAUCUGUGUUCUGCAAUUUUAAUUCAUCCCAAAUUCCAGAAGAGUUGUAUCAUGCAAGUAAUCGUUUGCGAACACUCUUACUGUAUUGUGAAGGUAAUUUGGAAGUGCCACUUCAUAAACUGUUUUCUUGUUUUUCAUGUUUGUCUGUGCUGAGUGUGAGUGGAUCCAAUCUCGAGAGUUUCAAGGCUCCAACUGGUUCCUUGUGGCAUUUGACAUACCUUGAUUUAUCUCACACCCAUAUAAAAGAGUUACCUGAUGAGUUAGAAGAUAUACCUGGUUUACAAACUCUUAAUCUCUUUAAUUGCUAUAAUCUUUUAGCAUUGUCUGACUUGACAAAAAUGAAAAGCCUCAGACAUCUCAACAACAAUGGAUGCGAAAAACUGAGUUGCAUGGUGAAAAAUGGCUCAACAUACUGUGGUUUAAGUCCGAACAUUCAGCUUAAAACAUUGCCAUUGUUUGUUGUAGGCAGUCAUCUUGACACACUCCUUUUAAGAUGGCUUGAGCUUCAAGGUAGUUUAAAAAUUACAUACAUGGAGAACAUUAAAUCUAAAUUUUUUAGACUGAAUACCAAUAUUAGAAUUGAGUCAUUAGGACUAUUCUGGGGGAGCGAUGAUAGUUGCACAAACAUAACUCCAAAAGGCGAUCUUAUUUUAAGAAAGUUCCAGCUAAGACAACAAACUGAGCCAUCAGGAUCGUCUUCAGAAAAUGAUGUACAAGAUCUUUCUAAACCAAGAAGAGUGCUGGAAAAAAUCAUGCUACCUAAUGCUCUUAAAAGUCUCCUUAUCAAAGGAUAUCCAGGAUUAGAGUUUCCAACAUGGAAUUCUCCUUAUUUGAAUUCUAUCCACUUGAUCAACUGUAGAGAAAGCACACAUCUUCCUACCUGUGGCCAUCUUCAGUCUCUUACUAGACUUUCAUUCCAACAAAUGCAUGGAGUGACCAUAAUUGGUGAUGAGUUCUACUCUAGUUUCUCAUAUGGAGGUAGAAAUGAGAUAUCAUUCCCUCAACUCAAAGAGUUAGUACUUAAUGAUUUUCCUAAUUUGAAACACUGGAUUAGUCCAUAUUCUGGUGUAGGAUCUUUUCCUAUGUUGAGGAAAUUAAUUCUUAAUAAAUGUCCAAAGCUAGUUGAAAUGCCAAGCUUUUCAUCAUUGAGUCAUUUGGAUGUGCAGGACUGUCAUGCGAGUAUAUUUGUUUCUUUUCAGAAUCUAACAUCACUUGAAACACUUGUAAUUGAAGGAGUCAAAGACUUGUACUGUUUCUCAGGACCAUUUCCUAUAAGAAAUCCUUUGCUUAGAAGCUUGGAAAUAAAAUCUUGUCCUCAGCUUUCGAUUUUGCCCGAAGACUUGGUAAAUCUUUCUAAUUUGAAGUCAUUGGUGAUUCGUUGGUGUGGAGAGCUCAAGUCCUUGCCAGCAAGUUUGCAGUACCUCAAUUCUGUAGAGUCAUUGGAGAUUGGUGAUUGUCAUAGUCUAAUGUCUUUGCCAGGUGGUGAGGAUAGAGGCUUAAGUAACCUUCGCUCUUUGUCGAUUGAGAAUUGCCACAAUCUAAAGGACUUGUCAAUGGGAUUCCAACAUAUGACAUCUCUUGAAAUACUAACUAUUAUGUAUUGUCCAUGUAUUGUUGAAUUACCUGAAACUGUUAAGCACCUGUCUACCCUUCAAAGCUUAAGCAUCAUGUAUUGCCAGCAGCUAUUGUUCUUAUCAGACGAAGUACAGAAUUUGAUGAUGUUGCGAAGUUUGGAAAUUAGGCGAUGUCCCAUGUUAAAAGUUUUGCCAAACUGGAUUGAAAAACUUGUUUCCUUGAGAUCCUUAGCGAUUUCAGACUGCCAUAGCAUUACAUUUUUACCAGAAGGUAUGCAACUCCUCACUGCUCUCCAGCACUUAUCCAUUCAUGAUUGUCCUCAACUUCAGCAAAGGUGUAAACCAGAAAAUGGUGAAGAUUGGCCAAAGAUAGCCCAUGUCCCCCAUAAACAUAUCGAAUCAGCUAGCCUAAAGCGUCCAAGAGAAGAAGGCAGCAACUCUUCAAAUCAUUGAAAUGAAGCUGGGACUUCCACAAUUAACAAGCGUGGCAUUUUAUUUUCUCAAGAACAACUCUGAAUAAAUGGUGAGCAAGAAACCAGAGUUAUGAGGCUGUUGCAAGUUGUGGUAAUGGAUUAGCUGUUUCUUUUUUCUGAAAUCAAUCUAUAUGAUUUUGUAAAGUGAGGUUGUGUAUAAUUGAGUAGGUUGUGACAUGAUUUAAUUGUUAUGUAUCUGUUAUUAAAGUUAGCUCUUAGUGAUGUAAAUGUAGAAAUGACUUGAGUGAAUAAUUGAGAGAACAUGUUUGAUAGUUGUUUGUGUAAAUUAUAACUGUGGUUAUGCAUACGUUAUAUGCCUAAAACAGUACUUUUGUUCUUACAAAAGCUAUUGUAAUCAAAGUGAAAAAUGCAUUAAUUCUCUUUUAAGAGAA